GGUUCUGUUCGGACACAAACCCGUGACUGGGUUCAUGUUUCUGAAUCAGGAGGAGCUCCGGGACCGGCCGCUGGGGCCUCGAACGGGCCGCGGACAGCCGUCAGAUCAACCCGAACAUGUGUCGUCGUCCUCGGACGUAAGUCGCUAGUUACACCCGCUGUGGAAGAGGAACCAUGUGGAGGGUCCAGGGGUUUGUUGGCAGAGUUCUGCAUCGAUGCCAUGGCAGCACCUCCCUGCGACUCCCACAGAACCACCACGUGGAGGAUGAGGUCUUCAACAGCUCCACUGUCCUCUCCACCUCUCGACAAUCCUCUGACAGCAGCUCUCAGAAAGAGCAGGAUGGGGAGAGGAGGAAGAAACAGAGGACCUUCCAGUUUGGCUACGCUGAGCUUCCACAUUACACUGUGCUGGAUGCUGUGGGAUGGGGUGCAGCAGCGGCUCUGUUUAUGCAGAUCUGCAGGAGGAUCCACUCUAAGUUCUCUUCAGGAACAGAACCCAGUCCAGCGCCUGGCGCCCUGACAGCCGCCUCCUCGCUCAAUAAGUGUGGCUACCGCAUCCUUUUGGAGAUCUUAUCCCGGCGAGAUGUCCUGCCCAGGGGGAGCAAUAGUUUGUUGUGCCUGGAGGUCGUGCCAGAGAGACAGAGCCAAGAUCAGGCUGCAACUCAGAGCAGCAGCAGUUCAGGUGACGACAGACUUCACAGCAGCAGUGACGAUCUGACUGAUCACAGCUCCACCUCUGACCACCAGAGGGCAGUCCUCAACCACGAUUCACCCAUACCUGAUUUAGAGGAAUCACAUCUGUCAGCAUCCUAUCCACUGCAGAAUGAUGCCAGCCAAGACAACACAGAGACUAAAGAUGCUAAUGAGAAGGACGUGUUGUCAGACGAGGAGAGGCUGGUAGGAGCAACACAGAACCUCAGACAUGUUGGAAACAGCAGCGUCUCUGUCAUCCUCAACAUCAUAGGUCUGGAAAGUGCCAAAAGUGAGACCUUGGACCAAGCUUUCAGCUGUUUUCUAGCUGCAGCUGAGCAGGGUUACAACAAAGCCCAGUUUAACGUUGGUGUGUGUUACGAGAAAGGCAGAGGAGUCGGCACGGACAGAGAGAAGGCUCUGUAUUAUUACAGACAGGCAGCAGCUGGCGGUCACACACAAGCUCAGUACCGCUAUGCAAAGCUGCUCCUGACCAGCAGGGGGCAUCAGAGUCUAAAGGAGCUGAACACAGCCAUUGAGCUGCUGGAACAAGCUGCUGUAGCUGGACUCACUAAGGCUCAGCUCUGCCUCGCAUCAGUCUACUGUCAGGAGCCAGUGAGAAACGAGAGCAAGUCCGUCCAAUACCUGCAGAUGGCAGCAGAGAACGGGGAUGACACUGCCCUGCUGUUCCUGGGUCAGUGUUAUGAGAGCGGCUUCGGGGUGCAGCAGAACCUGAAGGCAGCGAUGGAAUUCUACAAACGAGCCGCUCAGGCAGGCAACAAGCAGGCUCAGAGCUUACUGACGCCUCCUAAAGACAGAGACAUAAGAUCUGAAGAUGCAGUGCUGCGCUCCAUCCGUUCAGCUCCUGUCUUCUCUGUGGCCGAUAGUCGGCUCCAGCAGCAGCUCUCCACUCUGGCCACUGGUGUCCCUCCCGCCACCAGUCACUACGCCACUCUCCCCCUCCUGCCUCACUCCUGGAGCACCGGGAGCCUGUGUGUCCCGCCACUACUGUCAUCCACACCUCUUCACUUCCAUCCCCACAGCACAGAGGGAGGAAUCUGCCAGUGGACUGUGGGGAUUGGGUAGUUGCCCCUGGGCCAGCCCCGGCCAGGAAUGAACUCUUACUUCACAGAGGUGAAAGGUCAAAGUGUUUAGAUUGUACAUAACAUGAAGUCUGGAUUUGAGUGAAAAUAUUUUAUACCUUUUUAAGUGUGUAAGUGUUGACAUGUUAAUACAUUUGUAUGUAAUUUUUUCAGGGAGAAAGAGAUAUGUGUGACAACAUGUGUGUCCAAUGAUAAUGAAUAAGCUUCCCUGUAAUAUAAGUUCUGCAGUGGGUCAUAUGUGCUCUUGGUGCCUUCAGGUGGAUUCUUGUUUCUCAACACUAAUUACGUGAAAAACUAUCCUUAUCUGGCCCCCUGCUUAAUGUUUCUGUGGGUUUACACCACUGUAACAGAAUAAGUGCUUUACAUUAAUGUCAUAUUUUAACCUUCAGUGAUAGUUUGUGGGUCAGUGCUGUCAAAGCCAGAGAUAAGGACCUGAAAAAGAAAUGUUUUAAAUGUGUCCAACCUGUAAACCAAAUACACUGUGAGGAAGAUGCUCUGCUGUUAAACGCACAUGUUGAGUUUAAAAAAACAACUGAAAUUACUAGGUAAUGAAUAUUAAAAUUCAUUAAUGAACAGUAGCUGAAAUGAUUUUUAUUAUUUAUUACUUCUGUUCACAACAACAAUCAUUCUAAUUAGUAGAAGACUAUAAAGGUUACAUAUUCAAAUAUUUCCAGAAAUGACGACACAUCAACAUAACAAAUAUAAAGUUCAAGAUUUCAUCAAGUUUUUAUUUGUCGUGUGCAGUUUACACAGGGUCAGCAGUACAAUGAAACCGGUCAGCUCAGCCGUGCAAUGGUUACAUUUCAACAAAAGCAAGGUAAAAAUGUGUUUUACUGUUAAAACAAGGACAACUAAGACUACAUACAUUCAAAAGGUGCUUAAACUUUAUAGAUUGUUUGUGAAUGCAGUAGUUAUUGCACAUGUCAUUUAGUGCAAACAGGCAGGGAAAAGAAAGAUGUACCUUUAGAUUGAUGGAGCUGGAUAUUUGACCUCAUGUUCAAAAGUUCUCGAUAUAAAAUGUUAAAAAGA